CUCGCUUUUCCCAUAACAAAGCACUUCCGGGUUCCGGGCCGUCACCUUUGUGGGUCGGUGAUCCCUGAUUGAUUUAUAAUCGAAGACUUGUAAGCAUAGGUGGAGUAAUAGAAGAAUGGCUGCCUCCUCCUGGACGAUGGCAGACCCGGAAGCCACUCCAGACAGUCAAUCAGAGGAGAGCAGUGCUUUGGGCCUGCCAUCAGCUUGUGACAUAAGAGAUUAUGUGCUGCAGACACUCAGCCAGGAGGCCAACAGUGAGGCUGUUAGUUCUGUGGAAUUCCUUUCUUCUCCUUGCUCUUCUGAUGUGGAUCCAGAUACCAGUAACCCAAAUAUGGAACAAAAUGAUUCCUGGACCUCUGGGAACUUCUGGCUUGACCCUUCCAUGAAAGGCCAACUGGAGACCAAGGAGGAAGAUAAUGGACUUCGGAAAUCCUUGGAUAGAUUCUAUGAAGUGUUUGGCCAUCCACAGCUGGCAUCCGGAAAUCCUCUCUCUGCAUCUGUCUGCCAGUCCCUGUCUCAGAAAAUCACUGAGCUGAAGGGCGAGGGGAGCCAAACAUAUGCCCUCCGCAGUUUCCAGCUGGCCCGGGUCAUCCUCAACCGGGAUGGCUGCUCAGUCCUGCAGACGCGUUCCAGGAACAGCAGCUUCUACCCGCCCGGGGAAGGGAGUGCAUCUCCCCAUAACGAAAAGCCGACCCCAGGACUUUCAAAAGAUAUUAUUCAUUUCCUCUUGCAGCAGAAUGUGAUGCAAAACCCGUAGCUGGGGAGAGAGCAGGCAAGAUUGGAGGUGUAACGCUGGGGCCCACCCUGUUGGUGCCACCCAGAUCCCCUGAGGUCUCUUUGACACCCCACCACCACUACCACCCAGUUUCUGUGUGCUCCCCAGCUGAAGGCCGACACCUGUGAUUGGCCCUGGAGCAGAGUCUGCCCACCUCCCACCCCUACUUCCCUUAACCUGAGGCCAGUGGCUGGCUAGUUUGGGGGUCCGAACGCCCAGCUUCCUGCCCUCAAAGAAGGCCGUGCUCAGAGGAACAAUUUAUUCCAGAGCUCCCUUCCGAUGCAGGCCGAGGCUGGAGCUUCCCCUGCAGCCGCAUCCUGGCUCAGCGUCUUCUGUUUCCUUGCCCCCUCCCCCCUUAGUGGUGUCUCCUGGGAGCGCCUCCUCAGUAAAUCUCUUGUACCUGAA